GUGUGGCUUCCGCUCCCCCAUCGGGCCCCGCUGGCGGUGAGGGAAGAAGGCGGAAGUUGUGGGAGUGAGGAAGGCGGGCGAGCGUCGCGGUGCGCAUGCGCCGAUCUUCAUGGAGCGCCGAGGGGCUCCGAGGGACGGAGGGCAGCCCAGGUUUUGGAUGAAGUAACUCUGAAGAAGGGACAGUGAAAAGAAAAGAAGUCCAGGGUGAGAACUUCUGAUGCAUAACCGACUAAAGAAAUGAAGGGCAGGCAGCAGAAAGCAUCAGAGACAGAAGAGGGGACGGUUCAGAUCCAGGAAGGAGCAGUAGCGACAGGUGAAGAUCCCACCAGCGUGGCCAUUGCGAGCAUCCAGUCGGCAGCCACCUUUCCGGAUCCCAACAUCAAAUAUGUCUUCCGAGCAGAGAAUGGAGGUGCUCAGCUGAUGUACAGAGUCAUACAGGUGGCCGAGGGCCAACUGGAUGGCCAGACGGAGGGCAGUGGGGCCAUCAGUGGCUACCCUGCGACACAGUCCAUGACCCAGGCUGUCAUCCAAGGCGCAUUCACAAGCGAAGAUGCAGUGGACUCCGAAGCCACGGCCACCGAGACCCACUACACUUAUUACCCUGCCACCGCAGUGGCCGACACCAGCACUUCUGCCGGAGCAGGGACGACUGCGGUGGUCACCACCCAGAACUCAGACGCCCUUCUGGGACAAGCCACGCCCACCGGCACAGUGAAAGGACUUAAGAUGGCGUUUUGAAAGUGUCGGAGUUUUUUUUUUUCCUUUCU